UGGUGAAUAUGGUAGGUGGUCAGAUUCGUUACUCUAUACCAGAGGAGAUGAAGAAAGGCUCUGUUAUCGGUAAUGUAGCGCAAGAUCUUGGUUUAGAUCUGAGGAGGCUCCGUUCUGGGCGGGCCCGUAUCGUGACCGGAGAGAAUAUUCACUACACCGAGCUGAAGACAGACAAAGGGAUUCUAGUCGUGAAUGAGAGAAUAGACCGAGAGCAGCUUUGUGGAGACGUAACACCGUGUAGCUUCAGCUUUGAGGUGAUUUUAGAAAACCCAAUGGAACUGCACAGAGUAACUGUCGAGGUUUUGGAUAUAAAUGAUCAUGCUCCCGUCUUCCCGAACAAAGAUAAAUCUAUCAGCCUCGAAAUAAGUGAAUCAGCUGUAGUAGGAGUAAAAUUUCCACUGUGGAGUGCAGAGGAUCGAGAUGUGGGGCAAAACGGGUUGCAAGAUUACGUUUUGUCACCAAAUGACAAUUUUAUAUUGAAGCAACAUGCAAAUCCAGAUGGAAGUAAAUAUGUUGAAAUGGUGCUCCAGAAGCCUUUAGACAGAGAGCGACAUCCCCAUCUGUCUUUAAAACUAAUCGCAGUUGAUGGAGGAACACCACAGAGAUCCGGUACAGUUAAUAUAGAUGUUACUGUCUUAGAUGCAAACGACAAUGAACCAGUAUUUAACCAAUCAGUGUAUAAAGCAUCUGUGAUGGAAAACACACUGAAAGGCACCAGUAUUGUGACAGUAAAUGCCACAGACGCUGACAGCGGUUCAUACGGACUCAUUACGUACAGUUUGUCUCAGUCGACAGGAAGUGCAGCAAAUAUAUUUAUUAUCGAUGAAAACACCGGAACAGUUUCUGUGUCUGGUCAGAUAGAUUAUGAAAGAGACAGAAAAUACGAGGUGAGAGUAGAGGCAAAGGAUCAGGGUGGCCUAACUGGGACAAGUAAAAUUAUAGUCGAUGUGACUGACGUCAACGACAAUGCCCCAGUUAUUAAUAUUAUGUCGUUUUCCAGCCCUCUGUCUGAGGAUGCGCGUCCUG